AAUUGUAAAUACAAUAUCAUAUAUGCAUGGCCUGUAUAUAUUUUUAAGAUAAUUGCAAUUGAAAGUAAAUGUACCAUAUUGGUGCAGAUCUCAAACUUUAAUAUCUGUCAGACAUUUCACUUUACUUAAGUAAGCAACUCUCAUCUUUUUUUCAGUUUUAUCUUGUUCCAGAUAACAGACUCUUCUUCACUGGCCCCAGUAUGCAGAGCAUGCGCCUGGUAGUCAUGUCAGAGGAGGAGAAGAAGUUCGUUUGGAUGGAAUGCCACAAUAACCCUGGUACCGGGAACCACAAUGGUGUCAGAGGUACCCGAAACAGGGUUGUUGCUGGCUAUUACUGGCCAACAUUGAACCAGGACAUCGGUGAAUGGAUAAUGGCCUUAUUUGAGUGAAGAAGCUAAAUCAGGUCGUCAUAAUGUUUUCUAAAACAUCUGUAGGCUAUAUAACUGAAUGUGUUUACUUGCACACUUACAUUUCAACAUUAGUUUCUGUCUUUUUAUGUUAUAAUCAAUUUAUAUCAGCUGGUUUAGGGUUUCCUAGACAUUUUGUUUGGAAUACGCCUUUCAGGUCAGAUGUUGUCAUCGCUGCCAGAUGAAUGACCCAAUCAAGACCGUGGCACCAACAUUACAUCCCAUCAAGGUAAAAGAACCUUGGGAGGUGCUGGGCAUGGAUUUAAUUUGACCACUCCCAGAAACACGUCUAGGAACCGAUAUGUCCUGACCAUGACCGAUCUGUAUACUAAGUGGGAGAUUGCAGAACCUCUUAAGUCCAAGACUGCUGCUGAGGUCUCUGCAGUCAUGACGUCUAAGUUAUACAUGUUUGGCAUGGUGAGGAAGAUCAUCACUGACCAAGGAAAGGAGUUUAUGAACCAGCUCAACGACAGCAUUUUCAGCAUGCUGAAUAUUAAACAUGCUGUUUCCAGUGCGUACCACCCCCAGACCAACGGGCAGAACUCAAAGGAUGAGAGGACCAACCAGAACAUUAAGCGUGCGCUCAGAAAGUACGUGAACCAGAACCACGACGACUGGGACGUUCACCUUGCUGCUGUGGUGUAUGGCAUCACUGCAAAGCAGGUAUUCCUAUUUUGACAUUUUGUAUGACUUUUACGCUGCUUCACAGCGCAGCGUCGUCUUAAGAAUGUGUUUUAAACUUAAGUUGAUUAAAAAAAAGAAGUUAUUGGCAAGUGCAAGAGAAAAUGAAUUAAUGGAGAGAUUUUGUGUGAUCAGCACUUCACCCGCCACAGUCCCUAAUUCCUGUUCUUCCACCGACAUCCACUUCUUCCUGCUGUGAUGAACGCCUGUCCCAUGGACGAUGACUUUGAGGUUGCAGACCCAGAAGAGGACAUUGACGCAAGAGUUGAGGAGACGACGGUUCUGAAUGAAAUGGUUCUUCGCAAUAUUGAGAGGGCACAGGACACCCAGAGGAAGAGCUUUGGAACACGGAAAAGGAAGCUAGUAAGACAGUGUGUUGUUCAAGCAGGCGAUGACGUGCUUUUGUCAGGAGAUCCAAAAACACAUGCAUUCUCCAGCCAUCACCAAGGACCGUACACUGUGGCCAGCAUCACUCUAAAGGGGGUGGCCAUUAUCGUGAAGGGAGCAACUUGCCAGAAGGUAAAUGUGUCCAGGCUGAGGAACUACCACAGAUCAAAAAAUCCACCAACUGAUGGGAAGUUUCUCCUGGACCACUUAUGUGGGACUCCUGAAUGGCAGAUUGAUCAUCAGUAUGCCAGCCCAGGAGCAAGGUGGCAGAAAGACUUGGACCCUCUUCAGUCCAGUCUGGUGGAAUAUGCCUUGGGACCAAAACCGACCUCCAGGAGAACUCCUAGUGAAGGAAGACAAAAUCUGCCUAACUCGGGAAGACUUUUGGAGCCUGGGUUUGGAACAGUCCAUGGAAUCUACUAUUGGGAAGGCUUGUCUGAAGAUUGUGGCGGAAGCUGCACAAAGACAUGUAAUCUGUCGUACUGGUACACCUUUUCUUUGGUUAUAGCCAUGAAUGGUUGUUGUGUAUUGAUUUUGCUUUUUUGUGUGGGUUUCCUUUAGGGAAAAGAUGUUCACAUUGUUGACCUCUAUGUCGUGGCCACCUGGAAGGAUCCACAAGUCAACCUGCUGCGUUGCUUGCCGGUAUGUUUUUUGUUGGUUUUACUCCUGCAUGUGCAUGUUUACUAAUUUAUACAAUACAUGUAGGAAAACUUUAGGUCCAAGGACAUCCUGCUUUGUCCUGCUUGGAGUCGGCAGGCAGGUGAAGCUGACCAUUAUCUGCUCUGUGUGAGUGCCCUUGAUCUUUCUUGCUCUGUGUUUUUUCAUCUGAUAGAAAAUAACAGAGGUUGACAUGUCGUGUUUUCAUGGAUUAUGCUAACAUGUCUAUUUCAGGCUAUAUUGGUAGCCGAGAGACAGCAAUACUCUUUCUGGACUCACUUCGCCCUGAUGGUUUUGGAAAUGAUCUCUACUAAACCACAUUUAGGUUGACACUAAAAUGAAAAUUGUUCUGGCCUUGUUCAAUGGCCUAUUGCGUUUUUUGGAAAGAUUGUCUAAAAGCAGCCUCGUUAUUAGGCUUAAAGGUUUGGGAGGGAGCCUUGUUCUAAGGCUACUUCAUGAAAGGGAUGCACCAAUACUGAUAUCCAGGCCAAUACUGUUCUAAUUAACUCGUAUCUGUAUAGUUUAGUUAACUGAUACCAUGAACUGAUACUUUAAAUGUGGAAAC